AAACCCGCCGCACCAUUGGGCUUUCCCCCGGGAAUCAGAAGUGGACUUGGCAGCAGAAGCCCACAGUUUUGCGCAGAAAAAUUGGAAAGCACCUGCAUAACUGUGCUUGCACCGAGAGACAAUGCCGAGCACGUAUACAAGCUCUGGCCACGAGGAGUUGGACAUUUUGGAGGAGAGGAGACAAAGUGGUGACCUCAGCCAUGCUCUGAGGACCUUUAGCCCCCAGCCUUACAAAGAAAAGCCCCCCUGCUCAGCUUCUGAUCUCAGCAAGAGAACACUGGAGUCCCAGUAUCUGCAAUAUGUGUUUAAGGAGAUCGCCACAGAGUCCAGUUUAUCCAUGGAGGAGGUGAAAGAGGAUGCUCGCUUGCUUUUGGAAGAGAUGUCUCAAAACCUGCAGCUUGGUUUUAUCAGACUGAUGGGCUACACUCUCAGCAAAGUGUUUAAGAGAUUAUACACCAACAUCUACGUCAACAUGGAGGGACUUAACAUGUUACAACAAGCCAUCCAGGAGAGUCCAGUCAUCUUAAUGCCCACACAUAGAAGCUACAUAGACUUCCUGAUCAUUUCCUAUGUACUUUUUACAUAUGACAUCCCAGUGCCCGUCAUUGCAGCUGGACUUCCUCUUGCAGGAAUGAAGCUUGUGGGAGAGAUUCUGCGUCGCUCUGGUGCUUUUUUCAUCAGACGUUCAAUCGGCUCUGAUAAACUUUACUGGGCUGUUCUGUCUGAGUAUGUGAAAACUAUUGUCAGGACUGGAUUUGCACCACUUGAGUUUUUUGUGGAAGGAUUAAGAAGUCGAACCUUAAAGUCUGUACCACCCAAAUUAGGUAUGAUGCACAUGGUGUUGGAGCCUUAUUUUAAAGGAGAAGUGUUUGACAUCACACUAGUGCCCAUAAGUAUCAGCUAUGACCGAGUACUGGAAGAAUCACUGCUCGCUCAUGAGUUACUGGGCAUUCCCAAACCUAAAGAAACUACAAAGGGUCUAUUCAAGGCCACCAAAGUUCUACAAGAAGAUUAUGGCUGCAUGCAUGUGAACUUUGGUCAGCCAUUGUCGGUCAGAGAACUGUGCCAGGGCAAGAUAAACCGCAGCCAAUACAACCUCACACCAAGAGACUUGCCAAAGGUGCUGAGUCCAGAUGUCCAGGCAUGUGUGAUUUGGCUGGCCCACCUCAUAGUCAGAAUUCAGGAGGAGGGGUCCUACAUAAGCCCGUGGUCCUUAAUGGCCUGUGUGUUACUUCAGUGUCCUACAUCCACACUGACAGAAAGGGGAAUGGUCUGGAGUGAGCUCAAAGACAGAACUCUUUGGCUUAAAAAGUUGGCACUACGAUUCGGGGCUCACCUCCGCUGGCCAGAACAAGUGUCAGAUCAAAAUGUGCUGUUGUCAAUGGUGGCCCUUCAUCAUUCUAUAGUUGCUCAUAAGGGGGAUAGGGUCUGUCUGGUUCGGGAGGAGGUGCCCAUAAGAAAACAUCGACUCAGUGCAGAGGAGGAAGUAAACAGGACGGCGGUGGCAAUGCUCAUGUUGGCGUCUUACAGAAAUCAGUCGCUGCACAUUUUCCUUCGUCCUGCCAUGCUCGCGACCGUUAUCCAAGUUACAAAGAGCACACAAAGGGAUGAGCUCUUUACAUUUUUCUGUUUCUUAAAGGAGAUAUUAUCUAAUGAAUUCAUAUUCGUGCCCGGAAAAUCAACUCAGGACUUUGAAGAAGCAUGUUUCUUAAUGAAAGACUGUGGAGCCAUUCUUUUCAGUCCAGAGGAAGUGACAGUGACAGAGGCUGGACAGGAGGUGGUAUCUUUCCUGUGUGCUUUUAUACAACCUUUUAUUCGGUCAUACCAGGUGAUGCUUGAUUUCCUCACUGAACAUGAAAUCAAGAACAUUUCAGAAAAAGAAUUGCAUCUUGCUGUUCGAAGCUUUGUCAUAAAGCUCAUACUCUCAGGUGAGCUCCAAACUUAUGAAGCGCUAUCAUCAGACAUACAGAAAAAUAUCCUGUCUGCACUACGCACAUUGGGGGUUUUGACCAAAUUCAGGGGGUCAAAAGACAAUGAAUAUCAAGUGGACAAAGCAGCUGUCAAAAGAAUUAAUGACAUUCUUUAUGGAAAACUCCCUCCCCAGUUGCUCCACAGGACGCCUUAUGCAAAGCUCUAGUCCUCUUUCCCUUUUUGUAAAGACUCUCAUUGGACAGACUGCAACAAAGUUGUCUUGACGCCAAAAGUUAGGCUUAACCUUUCUAGUCUCCACAUAUCUUUUUGUAAAAUCGUACACAAAUCUGUGAAAUGUGAGUCCCUACACUUACUAUAUAUUCACUUGAUCACCUACUGCCAAUAAUGUACACCUUAACUAAUUUAAAACUUAUAAAGUGCCCUUACAGUUGAUAGGUACUGAGAUAAUAGCUAUAGCCUUACUUUUCCUAUAAUAAAAAUGUGACUGUGUUUGAACAUUUCUUAAAUAUAUUCUGCUAACCUUUGAUUGAUCUGUUAAAUAAUGAAAUUAAUGUGAUCUAAAAUGUAACAUACAAAAAUAGGUUGAAAAAUGAAUUUAAUAUUUUAAUACAUUUUUGUAGCAAAAUACAUAUGUAUUUAAUCAG